GAGUCCGUGCGUCCCGUCGCGUGUCUCUCACACGGCGAAUUUUUAAAUCGCGAGCCACGGCCUCGAGAUAUCGCGGGACUCCCCAGGUGGUUUCCGAGCGCCCCGCGGUGAUCGAUAACUUCGCACGUCGCCUCUGGCACUUGUUCUCGGAACUGCCGAGAAAGCGAGGAGGAUGGACUUCGAGGGGACGGACUCGGUUUAGCGCGAUCGCGAUAUAUCGAUCCGAGACCCGACGUCUCUCUUUUUUUCUCUCUCCUCUUCGUCCCCGAACGUGAUGAUAAACGUGACACGAUCGGGCGGUCGCAGUCCGGACUCUCGUGGCACGUAGCGUUCGAAGUCACCCGGUAUAAACGCGUCGUGUUUCGCGUUGCGAGCGUUUCCGUGCCGAGCGAGCGGGUUGCGUUGCGGGCCGAGUGCGAUGGGAUCGCACGACGAUGAGAGUGGACUUGCAACCUGGUGAUCAACCCCGAGGUGAGGCGAAAGCAUGGCGGCGGCGCAGAGCACGCCGGAGUCGGACACCGGGAGCUUCGAGUGUUUCAGAAACUACACGGCGCCGGAGGUGUUCGUGCAGGGCCUGGCCGGCAUCGUCGACCAGCAGGACGUCGAGUCCAUGAUACGCGCUCAAAAGCAGAUGUUGCAAAGGUUCGAAAAAACCAACGAGAUGCUGACGAACUGCAAUCAGCUGUCGGUGAACAGACUCAAGACGGCCGGUACGGAGUUCAAGAAGCACACCGCUCUUCUGGUCGAGAUGAAGAGGGACCUGGAUUAUAUUUUCAAGAAGAUCCGCCUGAUAAAGAACAAGCUGAACCAGCAAUAUCCACAGGCGUUCAAUGAGGCGGUAAGGAGCAGCUUGGCGGAGGAAGUUAUCGUGGAGGAUGUCGAUUGCCCGGUGAAACCCCUCGAGCCGGAGGUCGUGCCGCUGCCGUCCGGUCCGGCUCACGGCGCUGCCGAUCAAGAUCCCGAUUCAGAUGUGCCGGUCGAGGAGUUUCAGUUCGCGAAGCUGCGCAAACGGCGAAUAAAGAGUAACGACAGCUCGUCGACGGAGAGCAACAACGAUCAGAGUAACGCCGACACGUCGUCCUGCACGUCCGACACCGGUUGAAAGAAAGCCGGACAGCCGGACAGUGAAUGAGAGAAAGAGGGGGAGAGAAUGAGAAACGCUUGUCACACAUAAUAAUUGUCCCAGGUCGGGCUCACGCACCGGCGCCGCUUCGAAAUGUUGCUCGGAGAGCGUAAUCGGGCUAAUCAAUCCGACCAAGUCGAUCGAUCAAAUCAAUAAGGCAAUAAAGGGGAAUCGGGAGGCGCGGAAUCUCUCGAGGCCGAGGGUGGCGUCGUUACGCCGUCGCCGAUGCCACGCACACCAUAUCUCGAUGUCAUUGUGUGCGAGCUGCGAGUUUUGUGAAUACUGUCAAUGUUGAGCAAAAUAAAUUCUUUGUACAUGGUA